AUGCUAGAGUUUCCAAUAAAAUCAUCAUCUGGUCAUUUUGAUGGAGAUAAAGGAAACCGGAAACGUACUUGUGGGCCUUUCGUGCUGUUGUCUGCAGGGGGUGGUGGCGGUGGAGGCGGUUGCCGCCGACGUGACUACGAACGGCGUAGUGCUGGAGGACGGGGUGCUUCCGGUCUCGCAACCAUCAGCUCCUCGGUCGCGGGGAGCGCGGGGGGUUGUGGCCCCGUGGUGGGGCUCCCCUCCUACAAGAAACGUCAAGGGAAUACAGCAGCAUGGGGACGUGGUACACGUGGACGUACGAAAGGACGUGGAAAUGACAGUACGACCCUAUUGGGUUCAAGUGUGGUGUCAGCUAAUUAUCCCCAAGGAUAUCCAUCAGUUGGUCCAGGGUUUCGUGAAGUCGUUAAUAUCCUUGGAGAGCGAAAUCAAGCUGGAAGACUUACUGGUGUAGGACCACCACCUGGUACUGUUGAGAAUGAUGAUGACAAUGAAGAAGAAGGUGCACCUAAACGACCACCAAGACCUCUCUACCGUCGAUUUAUCAACUACGUUAGGCAAGCAUGGACUGGUGUCAAGUUUGCUUUAGAUUCAGAGUACGAAGAGGAACAAACACCACGAUAUAGACCAGACUCAUUAGCAAGUCUCUGCAGAGCAACUAGAUUUACAGAGGCUGAGUUGAAAAGGAUAUACCGGGGUUUCAAAGCCGAGUGUCCUACGGGUGUGGUUAGAGAGGACACGUUCAAAUGCAUUUAUUCACAGUUCUUCCCACAGGGUGCAAAUACCAGUCAGUAUGCUCAUUACGUUUUUAAUACUCUGGACCAGGACCACAGUGGACUUUUAAGUUUCGAGGAUUUUGUAACAGGCCUCAGUAUACUAUCGAGAGGAUCGAUGGAUGAGAAACUACGAUGGACAUUUUCUCUCUAUGAUAUUAAUGGAGAUGGUUGUAUUACAAGGGAUGAAAUGACGGAUAUUGUGACGGCAGUCUAUGAACUGAUGGGAAAAUUUUCCGACCCAAAUAUGGAUCCAGAAGGUGUGAGGGAAAAAGUCGAUAGAAUGUUCCAGAAAAUGGAUGGGAAUAAAGAUGGUGUCGUAACGUUAUCAGAAUUUCUGGAAGCGUGCAGAUCAGAUCCUGACAUUUCAACAUCAAUGGCAGCAUUGGACACGGCUUUCUGACACUCGGUACGUCCUCGUUACACACCAUGGACCUGAAAAACAAAAUCCGCUCAAAAAAUUAGGAUUUUACGUUUAGCGCCCCCUAUUUGAUAUACAUUGUCGAAGACUACCGGAAGAGGGCAGGGGGAGGGGGCAAGCUAGCAGAAAAAGAAGGGAGACUAAAAAAAAAAAAAUUUACAGUUGGGUAAAAUGAGAAUUGUUUAAUGACAACGAUUAUUCUCUGACAGUAGGUCAAUAAUUUAAGUUUGAUAGAAUGACAAUUAAAUUCAUCCGAGCAACUUCCAACAGAAUUUCAAUCAACGGGAGAGAGAAAAGAGUGUAAUAAACUAUUAAUUGACAAAUGGAUAAGUCAUUAAUUAAUAGUUAAUUAAUAAAUCUGCCAUAUGUGCAGAAAUGGCUGUUUGUCAAAUUUGUUGUUUUCUAAUAGCACAUAAGUGAACAUUAAAAUAACAAAUGUUUAUUUUUGUGAUUGAUUAACAAUUAAUGUGUAAGAGAAACUUGUAAUUAAUUAUUACUACAAUGCUGCAUGGAAAUGAUUAUCAUUAGAAUGCUGGCGAAAUAAAAAUACUUCAUGAAAAAUUUUUAAUAAUGAAAAAUAAAAAAAAUUUUUAAGGUUAGACCAACGAAAUGAUGAUGAUGGUUAUCGAUGUGUAACUACAAAAUACAUUUUUUGGUGAUUAUUAAUAUUAGAUAAAUUUUGAAUAAUUUGUUUAUUAAAUUAAUAAAUUAAUUGUCAUUUGGGUCACCACAAAGCCACUAAAAGUCAAGUGUUUAGGAAUAAAACAUCCAAAGUGUUUAAUUACCAAAUACCUUAAGGGUUUAUAAUAUUACACAUCGUAUACAAACUAUAACAUUUGGAUAUUUGUCAAUAAAAAACACUAAAGUUUGUUUGAAAUUGUGAACACUUAAAGUGUUUAAUUAUUAUACACUAGUGACACACAGUGUAUAGUUUAACACUAAACACGGUUAUGUAUGUUUACUGUAACACACUUGGAUCUUUAGUGGAGUGAGACAAAGUUAAAAAAUUGUAAAUUAAAAUAUCUUAUUUAAGAAAAAGGAAUUUUCUUUUUUUUACUGAUAAACUUGAUAAAAUAAAAAAAAUUUUCUAACCUCUUUAUUAUAAUAAAUUACCAUUUUAUUUCUAUGGAAAUACCUUUUUGUCACUGCCUUGUCUGCAAUUACAAUGAUGAACUGAAAAAGAGAAGGAAAAAAAGAAAUUCAAGUCAAUUUUAUUUAUGAGGAUAUAAAAAAAUAAAAUAAAAUUGUUAAAUACAUAGAAAAAAAAGGUAUUAUCAUGGGAAUAAUAGAAAAAAAUUUUUUGCAACAAUGCUACGUAGUUAUUAGGAUUUAAUUAAAAAUUUAAAUUGUAAGCCGAGAUUAACUGAGAUUUUACAUCGAACGUUAUUCUCAUAUCAACAUGAUCACUACCGCAAGUCUUUGAACAAAACAAAAAA